GUCAUUACUUCCUUGGAGUCUCUCAAAGCAUUCCUGACAGUAGUCCUGCGGAGCAAGUGUCUUGACCUGGAGACAGCUAUCUCCCAUCUCUACCAUGGCCCUUACCAUGCUCAAUGGGUUUCUGAUCAAUGACUCGAGCCCACCUAUGCUGCUACUACAGCAGGUUAGCCAGACUCCCAAGGUGCAUUCUCUCAACUACCAGAGCUGCUUUAUGCAAGGACUCUUUGCGGCUUUCCCUGAGAUCCUGUUUAUCCACCGAACCUAUAACCCAAGGGGCAAGGUGUUAUAUACCUUCCUGGUGGAUGGACCUCAGGUACAGGUUGAGAAGCCUCUUGCCCGGGCAGUCUACUUUGCCAUCCCUGCCAAGGAGAACGCAGGAGGCUUGGCUCAGAUGCUCCAGGUGUUCAAGAAGCUUAACCCAGCAUGGGAGAGAAUCUGUACCAUCCUGGUAGAUCCCUACUUUGUCCUGCUGCCCACCCUGGCCAUGGAGUUCCCCGUAGCCGAGGUCAUGCUCUCGGCCUUCCACGUGUGUAAGUUCCUCCAGGGCAAGUUCUAUCAGCUGGAAUUGGAACAGCCAGUGAAGAAGCUGCUGCUGACCUCCCUGCAGAGCACCAUGCGCUUCACCACGGCGGGCAACCUGAAGCAGCUGCACUCGCUCCUGAGCAGCUCCGUCCCGCCCGCCCUCCUGCCCGAGCUCCACUCGCACUGGCUGCUCAACGAACGCAUCUGGCUGGCCCCCCGCUCCAGAAGCCAAGCCCAAAGCAACCACUACUUCCAGAGCCUCGAGGUCUCCGCCCGGAUCCUCAGUGAGACUUUUGGCAUCACCCCAUCUGAGAGGCAAGGCAUCACCUCUCUGUUUUCCUACCUGCAGCAGCACCCUGUAGACCAAGACCUGAGUCUCCCAAACCAUUGUACCGCCUCCCAUGGCAGCCCCAGAGUAGGGCAGUUAGUAGAAGCCAGCAUCCAGGACUCCCUCAGUGCCAUCUGCACAGAGCCCGCAGCCCAACUCUGCUUGGCCGAGCUGGCUGUGGUCCAGAAAUCCAUGCACCUCAUUGGUUGUGGCCCAGAAAAGAUGAACAUACAGAUCCUAGAGGACACCCACAAAGUGCAGCCCCAGCCCCCUGCCGGCUGCAGCUGUUACUUCCACCAGGCCUUCCACCUGCCCUGCCGCCACAUCCUUGCCAUGCUCAGCGCCCGCCACCAGGUGCUCCAGCCAGACAUGCUGCAGGCUCAGUGGUCUGCAGCCUGUGCCGCCGGCUUCGACAGCAUCCUGGGCAGCAGGUGGGAUGAGGCUCUGGAUAAGCAGCUGGCAGUGACUCUCCUCACAGAGGAGGUGGGCCAGCUCUUACGGCGCUGCAGUGAGGAGGAGUUUGAGCGGCGGCACAGCACCCUGAGGGAGCUGGCCGACAGCUGGAUUGGCCCUUAUGAGCAGGUGCAGCUGUGAUGACCCUUGAUACCCAGAUAUGCUCCUGCACCUGUGCAC